AAAUAAAGCCCGUGGUGCUCGUUACGAAGUCGCUUCUGCGAGGCAUUGUGGGUAUUGUUGUCCUUGUUAGCAGUUCAAAGUGCGACGCAGCGUAUCAGUCAUUAACAGGACCCGUAAGAGUAUAUGGACCCGCGACUUCCGCUUCCGGGCUGCUGCGCACGCAAGGUCCCGUCGGGACGUCAUGGUUUAAACUUUACGCGAACCUGUUGAACUCCAGAGAACAGCUCGCUCACAGGCAGGUGGACCUUAGUGACGCAGCUUUGGACGUUUUUUUAAAACAGAGACACACUCAUCACACUCAUCAUCAUCAUCAUCAUCAUCACCAUCACCAUCUUUUCACGUGUUAGAAUCCAUGUGGAUCUAGAGAUGCACCGAUCAGGUUUUUGGUGCCGAUCACCGAUCACUGAAAUCAGUAUCUGCCGAUCCGAUAAUACCGAUCACGGUGUCGAUUGAAGCAUUCUAUUUAUUGUGGAGCAUUAUUGCCUAGGACUAUGAGGAAAUACAUACAUAAAGCAACUCAAACAUUAAAGAAAUUACCGAUUUCUUUAAACAUUUACGACUUUUACUUUGAAAAAUGUCCUAAUUGAUACAUUAAAAUAGUUUGAUUGCUAUUGUAGGGGAUUUCAGAUAUGUAUGGAACACAUCUGCAUUAUUCAUUUCCUGGAACUCUUGGGGAAAUCUAUAUACAGGACUUUUCUUAACAUACAAAAGUCUGACUUAUUUUUAUAAACUCUUCCUUGGUCCAGUAAAAAUGUUUUAAUGUUAGCAUAAUUUAAGCUAAAUCUCAGAAACGAUCUAUAAAGAUACAAAAUCAGUUCAUUGUUUACUUUUAUAUGUUCGUGUAUGAUUUGUCGACAUCUUAUUUUGAAAAACGGAUGUUGUUUCACGUGGUUCUUUCCGCUAACUUUGCAAAACCGGAUGUUGUCACGUGAAUCCUUCCGCUAACUUUAUCAAAACCCUCUUUGCUCCUGAUCGAAUGUGUUUACCGUGAGCAUCAGUCUCUAGGGGCAGACAUGUGAGAGUCGGCUCAGUCGACCCAGAGAUUCAACUCGGGGGACGGUGACGCCGCUCGGUGGUGAGGAUCCCCUCUGACCUCUCACUCUGCGGCCCUCGCCGGGCGCAUCGUCUCCGUUGCGGUGCGCGGCGAUUGAAACGUCUCUGAUAGUUUUUCUCGCAGAUGUUACGUCAUCUGAUCGGCGGUUUUAAGAACGCCGAUCAAAACCGAUAAUGGGAAUAUCGGCCGAUAUGGAUCGGCGCCGAUCACAUAGGUGCAUCCCUAUGUGGAGCUCAUCAUCUCCACCUGCGAGACCCUUUAAAAAAAAAGUUUUUUUGUCACCCCUUGUACAAAUCCAUCCCAUAAACAGCGCGUGCUGUGGAGCGGCCAUGUUCCCCGUGGACCUUCCCGCCGCGGAGGACUCCGUGCUGACGUCAUCAUCUGAGGAGUACCUCUCCUCUUUGGAGGCGGGGCCUCGUGACGCCGAGUGGUUUCAAGUGUCACAGAGUUCAAAGGUGGCCAUCACUCUGGCCCACGUGAGGCGGUUGCAGCUGUUUGAGGACGAGCGGCCCGACUGCACGCUGCUGGCCCUGCACCCCCCCGACGACCCGACACGAGCGGCGGCGUUAUACCUGCACGGGAAGUGGUGGCCCGUGGACGACGUCUUGCGCACGUCAAGCAACUCCAGGAUCGGUUUGAUUUUGGUGCGCUCGCUGAUGGAGCGGGUGAUCGUGUUCCUGCUCAGCCGGGUGGCGGAGCGGUGCUCCCGGGAGGAGCCGCUGUUCUCGCUGCACCCCCGCACCGAGAGCUGCAAGCUGCUGUGGAGGGACGGCCAGGCGGUCGGCUUCUACACCUUCAAACGCAAAGGCAGCCUGUGCGACGGCUGGAGCGGUCGCUGCUACCCGCUGCCGGCUCUGGACACGGUGCUGGUGAGGAGGAGCUGGAGGAGGAGGGGCCUCGGCCUUCAGAUGCUGGAGGACUUCUGCGCCUCGUUCCCCGCGGAGCGGUUCCUGGGAGUCAGCUCUCCACUCUCACCCGGCAUGGCGGCAGUGUGCAGGAGUUUUCUGCAGCAGCACCAGGAACAUCUGGAGCAGCUGUAUGAGGUGGCGGCUCCAGGGGACUGGACUCAGCGGUGGAAUAUCUGGCUCAGCAUCCAGCUCGGCCGCUAUUCCCUUGCGAUCCAAGAGGAGAGCGGUCCAACAUCGGGGGAACCACAGAGGAACCACGAUGAGUCCUCUCACACGGUGGGCAUCUCCAUGUUUCUCAAUGCUCUCCAGUUAGUUUCCCCCUCCAGGGGGGACCCGGCCUCCCUGACCGCCUGCGAUGUGAGCUCCUACCCGGCAACUGGUCAUCCGAGCCGAGCGGGAAGCUCCCCGAGCAGCGAGACCUCCGCAGCCCACGCCGAUGAUCCGGACCCCGGAUCCCCCGCCAGACCACCGCCCCCGAACGCCAAACAAAGCCUGCGAUCCGACUCGUCUCCAUGUGCAGAGCCUCGCCGAGAGAAGCCCGAGGCGGAGGGGGCGCAGAGCGCCGCCAAGAGAGUCCGGAGGACGUGAGGUUCCAUGGACACCUUGUGUUCCCCCAGGGAGGGAGGCUCUACGCCCCCCAGACGGAGGGGACCUGAGGUGUUGAGCCACUUGGGUUUCAACGCCUCUGUGCAUCUUGAAGGAAUAGUUUCAUAUUUUGGGAAAGACUCAUAUUGCGCCUCAUUUCUUAAUUUGUUGACGCCCGCUGAUUCCUGGGAUUCACGAACAUUUUAUUAUUUACGUAAACGUAAACUUUACGCUCUCAUUUCACCAAUAUAUGAGAGAGACCUCUGGUUUUAACGCUGGACAAUCACAUAUUCAUCACAUUUACAAUAGUAUGUGUCGAAGGAAAAAUGUUCUCAUCUGUCUCUCUCUCCUGAAGUACUUGGAAGAGUAACCGGACUCGGUGGGGUCAUUGGAAAGGGUCACGAAACGAUGACAGGACAGGUCAAACAUAAUCGAUUACGCAGUGGAGGGGUCUCGACUAAAAGGAGCCUUUGGGGUUCUUCAACUCCCUCUGGAGAGGAAACCGACGGCUCGAGGGACUCGGGGCGUCUCUGAAGACCUAUCUCGGAUGCGGCCUUGCACUGAGAGGGCAGUAGUUAUUUCUGACGGUCUUGGGAGGAGGCUCAGGGAUUCUGACUAUAAUGCAGCGUUAUGGGGCAACCGUGCUUAAACUACUUUUAAUUUCUCACAAAAGGAACACUAAUUUCCACCACAUUAUGUUUGACGAUCCACUGGUCGAACUUUAUCACGAUUUUUAGUCUCCAACCGGAACGCUCUGCAGAGACUCUGGUUGGAGGAGCAGCGGCUCUUUGUCCGAGAAAACCAGGGGAGGAGGAAUCUGCUUUUAUAUUAACGGAGGCUGGUGUCCAGAUGUCAGUGCUGAAGGAAUCAUGCAGCCCUCGCCUAGAAACACUUUACAGGGUUCGUACGGUCAUGGAAAACCUGGAAAAGACAUUUAAAAUGGUUAUUUUCCAGGCCUGGAAAAGUCCUUGAAGAAAAUGUCAUCACAAGUUUUGGAAAAGUCAUGGAAAUGUGUUGCAUAUGUUCAUUUACGCUGGGCUUUGAAUAAUUAAUAUGUUUUUAAAAGAAAGAUGCUCGAAAUAUACGCUCUCAUACUUGGAGAUGGACCAAUGAGCAGGAGCUGCCGGCCUGCUUGUCCUCCGCUGAUUGGAGUGUGUUUGAGGCUGCUGCUCCAGCCCUGAAUGAGCUCACUGACACGGUGACCUCAUCCAUCGGGGUUUGUGAGGACGUGUGUGUGUGCCGACUAAAACCUUCUGCACACACAGCAACCAUAAACCCUGGUGCGCUGCGAGGCAGAGGAGGCCUACACAGGUCUCCAUGGUCACCCCGUCCCCAAGAGGUCCUCCAUCACAGGAUUGAGUGACUACCGGCCUGACGUCCGUGGUCAUGAAAUCCUUUGAGAGCCUGGUGUUGACCCAGCUGAAGGACCUCACGGGGCCCCUGCCCGACCCCCUGGUGGAUGAUGCAGUCAACGUGGGACACAUGCAAGGGUCCUGUUUGUGGACUUCAGCUCAGUGUCCAACGCCAUUACCCCAGAGGUACUUCAACAUCCCCUCUGGGGGGCGCUACAGAGCCCCGUACGGCUUCUUUCAUCACUGAUGAACAAGUCAUCAGACACAUGAUGUGCACCAGCAUCCCCGAUUCAUUGUCACUGCUGUUGUUUUGAUAUCGUGCAUACAUGUUGCUACUCUACAUGUUGUGCGUGUAACCGGAGUCAAAUUCCAUGUAUGUGCACACCUACAUGGCCAAUAAAGCUGAUUCUGAUUGAAGGUCA